UCUUUCAUCGUCAUGAAGACAGUUGCAUUAUUUUUUCUAUUGCAUUUCACUAAUGGAGAACGUGCGGAAUCCAUGGAGAAUAAUGGUCCUUCACCUAAUGUCCAAUAUGUUUAUCCAAACCCUGCAUUUUAUAUGAACUAUGUCAACCCAUCUUCAGGCCUUAAGGAACCAAUAGAUUUCCUCGAGAUGGCAAUGGUAUACCCACAGACAGAGGAAGAGAAAAGAUACUAUCUGAAAACCGCACCUCUAAGUGAUAUACAAUUCAUGAGGAGGCCUACAGAUCUACCUGAUUUGAUUUAUCCAGGAGACAGAAUCAUGGAAAAUAAAACUUAUGUAGAUUUCUUUAAAUUUGAAGAUUUACAAUCCAGGAACCUUGAGAUCGACAAGCCAAAAGUUCCUAAAAAAGAACCGCAUAGAAGUGAAGCACCAGUGAAUUUAGGUUUUCUUAGUAAAUAUGACAAAAAAUCGCUUAAUCCAGUGAAUUUGACACUAAAUGAUAAAACGGCACGUAAUUUUGCUUUCGAGCAUACUAAUGUAAAAAUUGCAUGGACAACGUGCGAAGAAUUUAAAAAGAAUUCUGUAUUUCAUCCUAAAGACUUGCUUGACAUUGAUUGGAUACCGUUUUAUAUGUGGACUGCUCAUGACGAAAGAAUAGCAGUUGUUCACAAGUUCAGAGUUCCAACUGUAAAAGCCGUUCAGGCGUACAAAAAAGACUAUGGUCCAUAUUUAUCAGAAAAAGUGGAUUGGAAUCAGCCAAAACUGAUGCUGGAGGAAGUUACGCCGAUGCUUCUGAUAGCAGUGGACCAGACAGGCCUGUUCCAUGGCAUAAAACAUCAGAUGACUUCUGAUUACUUGAAGACUCAUCCCAAAGCAAAGUAUCCAGUGAUAACAUUGCGCAUGAAAAUUCUGGAUCCAUACUUAGCCUUGAUGUACUGCGGCGAUUUUUACGCUCAGAUAUUGGCAAUCAACGGACAGGUGCCAGAGACGGACGAACUUAAGACAGAAGAAGCAAAAGUGCUCAACUUUAAUGGAACAGGUUCACCAGUUUCUUUGGUAUCGGCAAGAGAAGAAAACAUUCGUAAAAUAGCCGAGUGGAAGUUGCUCGAGAAGCAAAGAGAGGAAGAAAGUAAGUUUGUAAAUGAUUAUGAAGCCCCAAGAGACAAAUUUUUGGAUAGGUGGUGAAUAAAAUUUGAUUAUGCUAACGUUAUCAGCGUCAAUAAAGAAGU